CAGUGGUGUUGGGAAAAAAAAUGGCUGCUUCGGCGGCAACGGCGAGUUCUCCGCCAGGUUUGUGUCCGAAUUACGCCGUUAUCUGCUCCUUUCUGGAACGCUACGGAGCACUGCUGGACUUGCCGGAGCUCACUUUCCCGCAGUUGGAGCGGUACUUGCAGGACACAUCCUCAGUUCCAAAGCUUCUGGUUGAUCUUCACGUCAAGUUGCUGAGGAAGAUCGGAAAGUCUGUGUCAGCGGACAGAUGGGAGAAGUAUUUAGUCAAGGUGUGCCAGGAUUUCAACACAACAUGGGCUUGGGAGCUGGAGGAAAAAGGAUACAAGGACAUGACGCCGAAGAGCAAGACGGCGAUCCUUAAGUAUCUGUGCGAGUGUCAGUUUGACGACAACCUCAAGUUCAAAAAUGCCAUCAACGAGGAGGACCCGGACAAAAUGCGGCUGCAGCCCAUCGGUCGCGACAAGGACGGCCAGAUGUACUGGUUCCAGCUGGACCAGGACAACAACGUCCGCCUGUACGUGGAGGAGCAGGACGACCUGGACGGCUCGUCGUGGAAGUGCAUCGUCAGAGAUCGUAACGACUUAGCGCAGGUCCUGGCACUGCUAAAGACGCACAUUGAUCCCGAGCUCCUGAAGAAUGAUGCCAAAAGUGAAGAGGAGAAAGCAGGUGCAGUGAAAAAAGAUGGGACCUCAUCUGACGAGAGCAGCAAAGCGGCCUUACCUGCGCCACUAAAGACUGAGAGCAACGGUAAAGUUGAACAGCAAGAUGAUGUAAAAUCGGAAGCCUGCGAAGUCAAAUCGACGUUGAGCGACAUCGCCGAGGUCGCAACGGAAAAGCCAGUCGAUGAAAGCGUAGAUGCUAAAGUGAAGAGCAUCAAAGAAGAGCCUACGGAUGACGUCAAGUCGGCAGCCGGGGACCCGACUCCCCUAAAGUCCGAGCCUGAGUGCGCGAAGUCCAACGUAAGCGAGGAAGCCAAGAGGAACAACGCGGACGAAAUCCAGCAGAUCAAGAAUGAGCAGCAGGCCAAGAUCCCUUUGAAGAAAAGAGGGAUGAAGUUCAGCGAAGACUUUGACAAAAGCUUUGUACAUAUUCUGCCCGUUCCCAAACCCGACGCCUCUUCCAAGCGAGGGAACGACCAUGUCAACGGUGAAAUUCAGCCGACGCCGGAGACGCGACUCCAGCCACCUUUGAGUGACGAAUUGAGCGAAAAACAGGAACUUGCAUCCACAAAAGAUGUGGGGAAAGAUACUGUGAAGGAUCUUCGCUGUCCUGCGAAGGUCUCGCCGCUGCCGUCGGACCAGAAAGAUUCAAACGUGCUGGUUGGAACUGAAAAGACUGCAGCAGCAGAUGAGGGGGGGAAAAAGUUGUCCAUUCAAGAAGAACUUGAAACUGAAGCCAAAUCGUUCACAGAGAACAAGAUGCACUCUUCAAAAAAACAUAAUUCAGAUCAUAAAGUCAUCAACAAAGAGUUGGAAAAACCAGAACGCGGGAAUAUGACGGCUGCUAAAGAAGCGAAGGAACCCGAGAUGGUGGAAAUUAGAGCAGAUGUCAAGCCAACGGAAACGAACGUAAUGGGAAAAGACGCCAGGGAGAGUGACGCAGGGACACAGGAUAACUCCAUCAAGAAAAUGUCUCCUGAAGGAGAAGAACCUGACGAGAAAGCACAUCCGAAGUCUGCCGCCAAGAAAAAGGACGACACGACGAGCCGAGAAGUAGCACAGAGCUCCAGUGUCAUCAAAAAGAUAGACACAUCGGAAAAAUCAUCAUCUGAGGCGUCCGUUAUUAAAAAGGCGGACGCGGUAGAAUCGCGUCAAUCGGCCAAGAAAGACAUGGUCGCGAAAACUCCAGAACAGCCUCAAGUCAGUGAGGACAAAAAGGAUUUGUCAGAAAAAGUAGAAAAAGCCUUAGGUCCUGACACGGACAAACCACAGCAGGAUGACGAAGCCAAAAGGACAGAGGAGGCUUUUGAUUGUCAAGAAAAAACGUCCAGCAAUGCUGACAAAACCGCCGCAGAACCUGAUGCAAAUCAGGAAAAGGCGCUGAAGGAUCAGCCUGAAAAAUUGGAGGCAAAGCCGCUCGCAUUGAAAGUCACCAAGGAUGAAAGACAGAGGGACUCUAAAAGCGAUCGAGAGAAAGACCCACCUGAGAAAUUGAAAUCCGGUGAUCAACCGGCUGAAACCGAGCAGUCGGAGGACACAAACGAGAGCAAAGAAACCAGUGAGCCGACAGAGGAGGCUGCCAAAAGCGAAGAAGAUGAGUCCAAGAAAGAGGUGACGGAAAACGGCGACGAAGCUCGGUCGAACGCGAAAGAGAAGGUUGUCCGUCGGAAAGGCAGAACUGUAGCCCACCGCCGUAAGGCCAAACUCCAACUGGAGGAGAGACGGGGCGACUCGGGGUCCGACACUAAUGCGGGCGGGAGGUCGCUGAGACGAUCACCCAGGAUUUCCAGAUCCACGCUUAAGGCGGAGGAGAUCCAGGACACAAGGCCGGAGAAGUCUCAGGCCGAGACAGAGAAAGAGGAUGAAGAAGAAGAGGAGGAGGAGGAGAAGGAGGAAGAGGAGGAGGAGGAGCAGAUCGUUGAAAAGAAGCCCAGAGAGAAAAAGGUGUCUCAGGAGGGUCAAUCCAAACCAAAGGUGCGCAAACGACGGAAGACGCGCUGGUCCAACGUGCGCAGCCGACACAAAAGGAAAGGCUCGGGAGACGAGGAUGACGAAGAUGGCGACAGCGACGAGGAGUCUAGCGAGUAUGUGGAAAGCGAAGAGGACGACAGCGACGAGGACUACAAGGUGGAGCGGAGCCGGCGGGGACGCCGACGCCGCUGCGAACGACGAAAGUCAGACUCCUCCUCGGACGACGACCUUCCGCCCAACGAAGACCCGUGCAAACACUGCGGUCUUCCCAAUCACCCCGAGCUGAUCUUACUGUGCGAUUCGUGCGACAGCGGCUACCACACGGCCUGCCUGAGGCCGCCACUCAUGAUCAUCCCCGACGGCGAAUGGUUCUGCUCGCCCUGCCAGCAUAAAAAGCUCUGUGACCAACUAGAAGAGCAGCUGCUCAACCUUGACGCUGCCUUGAAGAAAAAAGAGCGGGCGGACCGAAGGAAAGAGCGUCUCAUUUAUGUCGGAAUCAGUCUGGAAAACAUCAUCACACCUGCGGAGAAGGAGGACGAGAAGCCAGAGAUGAUCGUCAAAGAGAAGAAGAGAGACUCGAAGCGAAGCAAGAGCUGGGGUCGAAGGUCAACCAGGGCCAAGAAAUCCAUCAGCUACAGAUUCGACGAGUUUGACGAGGCCAUCGAGGAGGCCAUCGAAGAAGACAUCAAAGAAGCAGAAGGAGGAGGAGCCGGCCGUGGUAAAGACAUGGCCAACAUCACGGGGAACCGAGGCAAGGACAUGGCCACCAUCAUCCAGUCGGAAGAGGCCAAGGAAAAUGGCGAACCGCCGUGCCCCAGCGCCGGGCAGCGCAAGAAAAAGCGGAGGCGUCUCAACGACCUGGACAGCGACAGCACGGUGGACGAGGAGGAGAGCGAAGACGAGUUUUGCCUCAGCGAAAGCUCCGAGGAGGAGUUUGUGGUGACCGACAACGAGGCGGAAGCCGAGACGGACGCGGACUCCAACGCUAGCAGCAGCGGCAAACGUCGCGCGACUAACUCCCGCAGCAGGAACACGCUGAAGCGACGACGAAGCUCCCGAAAGCGGCGGCGACCCAAAGGAUACUCUGACGACGAGGAAGUGGAAACAGACGAGGACGUCGACGAAGAGGAAAUAGCGACCGAAGGCUCCAGCGAGUAUAGCGACAGCGAUCUGGACAUGAGUCGGCGGCGGUCGCGGCGGAGUCGAAAGGCACAGGUGAAUUACGCAGAAACGUCCGAGUCCGAAGGCUCUCAGGCCGAAACCAACCGGGACAAAACGAAACCGAGACGCCGCCUGGACAGCUCGGACAGCGAAGCGAGCUUCUCCCAAGACUCUGAAGAGGGUUCCAAGGAUCAGUUAGUGAAGAAGAAAGACGACUCCUCGGAAGAAGAGUCCCGGCAGCGGCGCCGGCGCCUUGCCCUCAAGCGCAGGAGAGCCUCGGAGGAGGAGGACUCUGACAACACCUCGGACGAAUCGUCCGAGGAGGACCGGCCCGUCCGUAAGCGGGUAAACCGCAUCGAUUCGGACGACGACGACGAAGAGGAGGAAGCUGAGAAACCAAAGGAGAAGAAAGCCGCCGAGGAGGGCGCUGGCGUCACGGCGAAGGGAACAAACACAUCGGACUCCAACGCGGCCGAGCCGACGCCAACACCUCCGCCGCCCGCCAACGGACAGACCAAGAGCGUGGAGGGCGUGAUCAGCCGGAACGGCCAGGAGGGGGCGGCACAGGAAGAGGACGAAGACGACCUCUUGGGCGUCACGGACCUGGUGGACUAUGUCUGCAAUAACGAAGACUUGUAAAAAAAAAAAAAAAAAAAAGAUGGUGUAAUAUUUCUUUACAUUUUUGUGCUAUUGUAUUUUUAUAUUCAUUAACUUUAUUGUUUUAUAAAUGUUUCUCUGCAACACUUCCUGUUUGGACAUUAGAGAAACGUCUCUCUUCAUGCAGAGAUCCCAGACAAUGGCAUUAGGCCGCCUUAAUACGCAGCAGCCAGCAAUGCAGGAUUAUUGCUGUUAGAAAUAAACCCCGUCCCUUUCACACAGGCAGCCUUUAUGUCACGGCGCCGACACGCCUUUAAAAGGCUGAGCGCUGCUCCCCGAGUUCACACAGGAAGAUGAAAAAUGGCGGUUAGUGAGGUACUUCAUUCCAGCCUGGGUGAGGCGUAAUAAAAACACUUCCCAUAUGUUCUACGCCUAGUCUAGAAGUUAGUCCGUGCGUCCUCAAGGGGUGUAAGUCAAUCUUUGGGCACCCAAUGAUCUGAAUCCCUUCUCAAUUGUGGCAAUGUAUUAAUUGGUAUAAUUCUAAUGAAACAUUGUCAAAACAGGUUAGAAAAGCUCUGGUUGCAAAAUAGGUUCAAUCAUUUUUUUAAAUUUAGACUCUAUUCAGAAUCGGGAUGUGAAUUGAUCUUGUUUUGUUAUGCCAUUUUUUUCAUAUUGUACACAUUUUAACUGCCAUUUGUGUUUCUACGUUUUGGGGGAAAGGGAGCAAAGACAAACCCUUAUAACAGUAUCUAGUCGGGACUUUUAUACAUACAGUAUAUAUAUAAUGUAUUUUUUUGUAUAUCUAAAUGUUGAUUGGUUGUGGUGUCGCUAAGCAACUGUAAAGAGUGUUAUUUUCUUUGUACGUUUUUAUGAACUUGUCUUCCCGUACACAAUAGAUACUUCUUUUUUUUUAAGUCGAGAUUGUAAAAAUGUGUGUGUAGUUAUUUGUAAUAUAUCUAUAGAGGCAUUUUUAAUUCAAAUACCACAAGGCAGUUCUUCCUAUUGGAUUGCAUGUGUUUUUAUCCUAAGGUAUUAUGAAUUUUCCAACAAAAGACAACAAAUGUUAGCAUGUGACCUGUUUUUUAUUGUUAGACAAUAAAACAGGAAGGGGAGGGGCUUGGCAUACAGUAGGACCACUGAAGCUUGUUUCUAUUUACCAUGUAAGGCUGGCCAAAAACAUACAAAAAAAAAAAACAAUGUUCAGAGCUGCAUGGUCUGGUGCCAGUGAACGAUAUAUUACGUUUUUCUCUCGUUACCUCAUGAAUUUAGGAGGAACAGCGCCCCUAAAUCUUUCCUUCUCUUUUCCCAUCCCCUGUGUACAGAGCUUAGUCGCCCGCUCAUGACUCCGUUAUUUGUUUACUGUUAUUUCUUAUGAUCUUGUACAUUUGUCAUAAUAAAAGUGCUUUUAAGCCUCAAACAUAA